AUGAUGACCAUGACUACGAUGGCUGACGGUCUGGAGGCUCAGGACUCGUCCAAAUCUGCUUUCAUGGAGUUUGGUCAGCAGUCGCAUUCACAACAGAGCUCUCCGUCAAUGGCCGCCAGCCACUACCCGCUCCACUGUCUCCACUCCGGAUCCCACACUCAUCACCAGCACGAUAACUCUCCAUACUCCGGCUCAAAUUCCUACAACAGGUCGCUUCCUUACUCUUAUGUGAGUCAUCCCCACCACAGUCCGUACCUGCCGUCUUACCACACAAACACUACCGGAGCUCAGACAAGGUUAGACGGCACAGGUAAGAAGCAGCAGAAAACAACAGUAAUUGAAAACGGCGAAAUUCGUUUCAACGGGAAAGGGAAGAAGAUUCGAAAACCACGGACGAUUUAUUCGAGUUUGCAACUCCAGGCGUUGAAUCAUCGUUUCCAGCAAACACAAUAUCUCGCACUACCAGAGCGCGCAGAGCUGGCUGCUUCUCUCGGACUUACACAGACACAGGUAAAAAUUUGGUUUCAGAACAAGAGGUCAAAGUUCAAGAAAUUGCUGAAACAAGGGGGCAACCCUCACGAGAGUGACCCUCUGCCCGGCUCCAUCGCCCUGUCUCCACGAUCUCCGGCAAUCCCCCCAAUAUGGGAUGUCUCAACGUCCACAAAAGGAGUAAACAUGUCGGCCAACAGCUACAUGCCCGGUUACUCUCACUGGUAUUCUUCACCACAUCAGGACUCCAUGCAGAGAUAG